AUGAUGGAAGAAUAAAAAUUGAAUGAGAUUCAAUUGUCUCAAUUUGCUGCAGAUAAAUUGAAGAAGUAAGCUUUGGAAUAUAAGAGACUUUAAGAAUCAUUUUCAAAGAGAUUUUCAUCUAAUAACAACAAUCAAUUUUACAUUUUAAGCCUAAAGUAAUUUUUAAAUAGAAAAUUUAAGCUGGCUUAAUUAAUGGAAAAAAUAUGUCUCCUAUGAUGAGAUUGUUGCCAACAAGGCACCAUGUUUGUAUUUUGGCAGAAUAACACUUGAUAGAAUUAAUGAUGAUUUGUAGGAGAAUGUGAUGAAAUGCUUUCUGUAUGAUCCUAUAAAGACUCAUCCAUGGAAUACAUUUAUGAAAUAAGAAUGUUAGGAAAAUGUUGAUUAUAUAGUUAUUGAUAAGGAUAUUUGGGAUUUUUUUACAUCUUAUUAUUCAGGUAUAUCAAUAAUCAGACCAUCUAAUGGUAAUGGAAAAGACAAAUAAGUGGCUGUAAAUUUAUUAAGAGUAUAAAAUAAAAUCAUUUUUAGUUUAAAUGUGUAUUGA